AGCAAGAUUAACAUAUUUUUGGUGUCGAUCAGCCAUUGGGCUGUGCGUAUAAACAACAGUACCAUCAUGCAGUUACUGCUCUCGGCCGUGUGCAUGGCACUGACCAGUGCCGUCAUUGGCAAUGCCUGGUAUCAGAAGAAGCAAUUCUAUCCAGCGGUGGUGUACAUCACCAAAUCAAAUGCAUCGAUGGCGGUGAUUUACAUUCAAUUCUUUGCCAUUGUCUUUAUGUUUGGUAAAUUGUUGCGAAAGAUCUUCUUGGGCACCUUGCGUGCAGCAGAAUUUGAACAUUUAUUGGAACGUUUCUGGUAUGCCCUGACGGAAACAUGUUUGGCCUUUACCGUUUUUCGUGAUGAUUUCAAUCCAAGAUUUGUGGCCCUAUUUACGGUGUUAUUGUUUCUUAAAUCAUUCCAUUGGCUGGCCGAAGAACGUGUAGAUUUUAUGGAACGUUCUCCUGUUCUAGGUUGGCUAUUCCAUAUACGUGUGGCCAGUUUAUUGAUGGUAUUGGGUACAUUAGAUUAUAUGCUCCUUAUGCAUGCCUACAAUUCAGCAUUGGCACGCGGUCCCAGUGUACAACUUGUCUUCGGUUUUGAAUAUGCAAUCUUACUAACUGUUGUAGCAAGUACAGCUAUAAAAUAUGUUUUACACGCCGCUGAAAUGCGUACCGAUACUCCGUGGGAAAAUAAGGCUGUAUUCCUACUGUACACGGAGCUGUUUAUUGGUUUCAUUAAAGUCAUCUUGUAUGUGUUGUUUGUGGUGAUUAUGGCGAAAUUCUAUGCCCUACCGAUGUUUGUAUUCCGACCAAUGUUCUUCACUAUACGCAACUUUAAAAAGGCACUGAGUGAUGUCAUUAUGUCUCGUCGUGCUAUACGUAAUAUGAAUACCUUGUAUCCAGAUGCCACACCCGAAGAGCUGAGAUUAUCGGAUAACAUUUGUAUUAUUUGUCGUGAAGAUAUGGUGAAUCAUUCAAAGAAAUUACCAUGUGGUCAUAUAUUCCAUACAACAUGUUUGCGAUCAUGGUUCCAACGUCAACAAACUUGUCCCACAUGCCGUUUGAAUAUAUUACGUGCACCGGCUACGAAUUCGACCGCAUUGCCACGACAGGAAGAAAAUGCGGCUGCGGCUAAUGGAAAUGCUGCACCAGCUGCAGCGGCUCCAGGUGCUGCAGUGGCUGCUCCAAUUGCUUCACCGAUAUUACCAGGUGCCGCCGCCGCUGCAGCUAUUGUUAAUGGAGCGAAUGCGACGGAAAAUGGAACAGCUAUUCCACCUACGGUUACACCAAAUCCUUUCGAACAAUUGGUGGCAAAUGCUGGCUUAACACCGCCCACACUACCCAACUUGGCUGGCUCUGGUGCAAAUGGUUUACCAAACUUUGCUGGUCUACCCAUGAUGCCUCCACCAUUUAUGAUGCCACCACCAUUUCCAUUUGUGGCUCCAUAUGCUGUACCACCACCACCAAUGCCCCCAGAUCUAACCACAUUCACUGAUGAAGAGCUCAAAGCUAUGGAAGGAAAUGAAAGGAAAAACGUUGAAGAACGUAUAAAGCUUUUACGCAAUAUACAACUAAUGUUGGAUGCAGCAAAUGUCUUAAUGCAAAACUAUCAAAUAGUAGCUCCCCGUAGUAUCCCAAUAAAUACUCCAACAACUACAGCCGCAACAGGAACAUCAUCUGUAUCAACAGGAGCAGUAGGCACUACGCCCACAACUAGUAAAGCAAAUGAUGUAGCAAAACCAACAACAAUACCCGAAGUUGCUAAACUAUUAACAGAAAGUAAAACCGAUGAAUUACCAACAACAUCUUCGGCAGCAGCAGCUGCUGCAGCAGCCGCCGCUUCAGCUGCGGCAACAGUUGCACAAAACAAAACGCCAAUAAAAACUACUGAAGAAAGUAAAGAAAUUCCAGUUGCCAAACACAAUCAAGUAACCAUAGAAGAUUUGGGUGGGGAGGAGGAAGACGAUCAUAUAGAUGGGCCAAAGACCACAAUAGCAGCAGCAUCCACUUCACCGUCAUCCUCAAAGGAAAUCGACAGUACAGCCGAACAGAUAAAUGAGUUACGGAAGCGACGUUUAAAAUUCUUAGAAGAACGCAACAAAACAUCAUCAACGGAAUAA